AUGUAUUUGGCGGUAUCAACCAGACCAGACAUAGCAUUCGCGGUGAAUUUCAUGAGUCAAUUUAAUUCCAACUAUGCCGAGGAGCACUGGAAAUCAGCUAAAAGAAUUUUGCGUUACCUUAAAAGUACAAUCAACUUCGGUUUGCUCUAUAAGAAAACAGGGGCAGAAUUUUAUGGUGUAGCUGAUGCGGAUUGGGGGGCGAACACUACAGAUAGGCGUUCAUAUUCAGGGUUCGCCUUUAUGUUUGCUGGCUCUUCUAUAAGUUGGGAAGCGCGUAAACAACGUACUGUUUCCCUUUCAAGUACGGAAGCAGAGUAUUUAGCAAUUACUGAGGCAGCGAAAGAAGCUCUUUACCUAAAAGGCGCUUUAAACGAAGUCGGAAUCGAAUGUGCCAGCAUAAAGUUAUACAAUGAUAACCAGAGUGCACAAAAGCUGGCAACAUCUUUCAAUUUUCGACCGCGAACUAAACACAUUGACGUCCGCCAUCACUUCAUCCGAGACUGCGUGCAAAAUAAUAUAAUUAAACUACAGUAUAUGCCAACAGAGUCAAUGCCAGCAGAUGUGCUUACCAAAGCUCUUACACAAGCAAAGCAUAUAUCUUGUUCAUCAAACUUGGGUCUUACUAAUCAUAAUGCGCUUAAUUAA